AAGAACACAUCGAAAUAAGGGCGAUGUUGAGGGCUUCUCACUUCCAAUCUCUUGCAUCUCCAAAUCUCUGCACUCUCAGAUUCUCUCUGUUGUCCUCUCUCUGUGUCUCAUCAUUUUUAAAACCUCAUAAGUUCUCUUCACUUGCUUUGUUGUCGACAUCUCUUCCCAAAAGCUUCACGCACCCGUCACCUUCUCUUCCUUCGCAGAGCUUCGGGUGGGCCUUUCCCAUGGUUGGCAAUGCAAGGCUGAACGGAAUAGCUUCAUUUAGUACUGGAAACAAUGUCGGAGGAGGAGGAGGAGGAGGAGGAGGAGGAGGUGGUCGACCUAGGGAAAUAUUGGUGCAGCACUUACUUGUUAGUGAAGAGAAUCUCAAGCUGCUGCUGGAGGUCCAACAGAAAAUUUCAGGAGGAGUGGACCUGAGUGACUUGGCUGUGGAAUACUCAAUUUGCCCGUCCAAAGAACAGGGAGGAAUGCUCGGGUGGGUGCGGAAGGGCCAAAUGGUACCAGAGUUUGAGGAGGCUGCUUUUAAUGCACCUUUAAACAAAGUUGUACGAUGUAAGACCAAAUUUGGAUGGCACUUGUUGCAAGUAUUGUCAGAAAGAGAAGCACCCUUGCUUCAAGAAAUUGAACCAGAGGAGCUUUAUGCCAAAAUGCAAGACCCGUGCUUCCUGGAGGAGGCUCAAUUGAUUGAUGUUCGAGAACCUGAAGAAGUUGCCCAAGCGUCGUUGCCCGGUUUUCAGGUUCUUCCCCUCCGCCAGUUUGGAAAAUGGGGGCCAGAAAUAACAACCAAGUUUGAUGCCGAGAAGGAUACUUAUGUUUUGUGUCACCAUGGGAUACGGUCAUUACAGGUUGGCAAGUGGUUGCAAACACAGGGUUUCAAGAGAAUAUUCAAUGUAUCUGGGGGGAUUAAUGCCUAUGCUGUGAAGGUAGAUGCAUCCAUCCCAACUUAUUGAAAAACACUUAACCCUGCCAAUGGAAUAUUUCAUUCUCCUGUUGCCCCAAAUGUAGAAUUCUAUAUAUCAGAUGUUUCUUGCCAUGGGAUUUUACAUGUGUUUAGAUUUAACAUUCUCACCCUUUAUUAAGAAAUAAAGUUUUGAGACAUUUCUUUUUC